AUGCUCAAGCACGCCAAGAAGGAUGCGGCGGUGCGCGCCAUGAGCGACGUGCUGAUGCGGCGGCUCGAGACGUGGAUCAUCGGCACGCUGGAUCUGAAGCGCAUCACGUGGGGGUCGCCUGCCUACACGAUCGAGAAGCUGGGCGAAUACGAGGCGGUGCACGCGGUCAAGUCGUGGCUGGACGUCAAGCGGCGGCUGGGCAACGGGCGCCGGUGCUUUGGGUUCUUCCACCGCAGCGUGCCGCUGGAGCCGCUGGUGUUUGUGUGGGUUGCGCUGACCGACGAGAUCUCCAGCAACGUGCAGAGCAUUCUGACUGAGCCCGAAGGCAAGCCCGACGAGAGCUCGGCCAAGUGUGCCAUCUUCUACUCGAUCAACUCGCAGCCCGGCCUGUCGGGCGCGCUGAAGCACAUCUCCGAGAGCCGCGGGUGGACCAGCGACCCGCAGAACCUGGCAGCCAUGGAACCAGCGGUACGGGCCCUGGGCGCUCACUACUUGGUGAACGCGAAGCGCGGCAAGGGCGCACUUGAUCCAGUGGCCAACUUCCACCUGCGCAACGGCGCCUGCCUGCACCGCGUCAACUGGCGCGGCAACACCGCGUACAGCGGACUGCGGCAGUCGCUGGGGCUCAUGUGCAACUACAACUAUGUGCUGGACCGGGUCGAGGACAACAACGACCGGUAUGUGCGAUUUGGCGAGAUUGCACUGUCGGGCAACGACAAGUAUGUGCAGGCUGCGCAGGCCGCAGGCGCCAAACCGAAGCUGUAG